ACCUACGGAUUCGAUCGAACUACAUGAUCAACCAAACUCGCACAUGAAUAUUGUGCAAAACAUACAGGUGAAACAUCCAUCAGAAUUUUCAAUUUUCGUAUGCAACACGUUUACUUCGUAAAUUAGCGCAUGCCAAAAUGCACUGGACACGCGUGUUUCUGUAUGUUGUCCUGGCCGCUGCCUUAGCAGCGCUGACCUUUGCUGCGGGAGAAACAACAGGAGCGGAAACCACCCCAACAACAGCAACAGUACCAGUUUCGUCAUCGACGCCUGCGAGGAAGUUCCACAAGAAAACCAGAGCGGAACGACUGCGCGCCCGGGCAGAAGUACUAGCGGCAAGAAAGGAGGCUGCCAAAGAGCGGGAACGGUUGCGACAAGAAGCUAAAAAGAAUACUAAAGUAAAAGGAUCACGAGGCAAAUCAGGUGGCAAGUUUCCUGCUUCACAAAAAGGCCCGCCACCGAUUGAUCGCUUUUUCAGUGCCGUCAAGAAUACCCAGAAACCGACACCCAAACCCACCCCUGCACCGGAGUAAUUAGGGAAUUUUAGAUUCUUACGUAAUAUAAUAUCGCUGCGGGGAAGGAUAGGACCGGUGAAACUUGUUAAAACAAUAGAGUUUUUUUAAAAGCCUUUAUUCAUAUUGCACCCAAGAUGAAUGUAUCUAAUGCGUGAUUAUGGCGAGUACCUUUAAUUACGGUGUUUAGUGUGUCCAUUGGGUAAUUAAUCAUUCUUAUCGUCUUAUUCCUGUAUUUUCCUUCAGUUUGUACUGAAAUAUUAGUUUGAGUAUGAAGGAGGUAAAUUUUAGGCUUUAAUUUAAGCACGUACAUUGAUGAAUCAGUUUAUGCCAAUUCUACGGUGUAUGCGUACAAGCACACAUGAAUAAGAAACCAAAAAACACUCGAC